CCUGCCUAAUCUCUUUAUGAAGCAGCGUUUCGGGGUUUUUGGGAAGUCUUCGAAACAGCUAAGAAAACAUCUCUAGAAUUCGCUAUAUCUCUCUUCAUUCGCCGCCCGGCUUAGAUAACCAAGCAAAGCAACCAUGCCUCGCCGAAGCUCCGGAGGAAGAUCUGCUUCUCGCCCUGCUGCUCGUCCUGCACCAGCACGUGGCCCACCACCUCAACCAGUUAACCAUGCUCCUCCUCCAGCUCCUGUCCAGAAUAGCGGUGGUGGAUCAUUGCUUGGAGGUCUCGGUUCUACCAUAGCUCAAGGCAUGGCUUUUGGCACUGGUAGUGCUGUGGCACAUAGAGCUGUAGACGCUGUGAUGGGACCUCGUACAAUUCAGCAUGAAACUGUUGUCUCUGAGGCCGCUGCCUCAGCUUCUGCAGCCAACACUGUAGGGGGUGCUGAUUCAUGCAGUAUUCACUCAAAGGCAUUCCAAGAUUGCAUUAACAACUUCGGUAAUGACAUCAGCAAAUGCCAGUUCUAUAUGGACAUGUUGGCUGAGUGCAGGAAGAACUCAGGCAUGUUGAGUGCCUAGGUGCUAUAUUCAUACACAGACAAUGGAAAUGGAAUACCAGCUUUGAACUUUUAUCCUCUUUAUCUUAUUUUGAUGCAUAUAAUGGUGAUGGUGAUGGUGAUGAUGAUAUGUUAAAGCGUUCUCCUUAUAUGCACUAGGAUUUAAUGUCAAUAAUUAUUGUGGGAAACUAUUUAACCUGCACUUUUAAAUUUAAUUGUUUUCCAGUAAUUACUAAACAUUUAUUCUCUUCGAUCUUGAUGCUUACAUUUUCAGAAUUGAAUGGUUCAUCUUGAAAAA